CCGGCAUAUUUUCACAAAGCAGGCCCUCCGCCGCCGCCUCCUCCUUCUCUUCAUUGUCAAUAGAAAGAGGCGAAUCGCGAAUUCCGUGGGCUUGGGAAGCGUGGGAACAACAUGGCUGUUCCUGGUAGACUGAACGGGCUCAUGGAGGAGGACGACGACAACGAUGAAGGAGAAGAGUGGGUCGACUUGUCUCGCCCGCAGGAGCUCUCUCCGGAACUGGUCGACAUCGCCACCGCAGCGGAGUCCGGCGACGUCGAAGGCCUCCGCGCCGCUCUCGAGAAUUGGAAUGGGAGUGUUGAUGAUCCAGUGGAAGAUGGAGACAGUGCUCUGCAUUUGGUGUGCCUAUACGGCCAUCUUCCAUGCGUUCAGCUACUCUUGGAAAGAAGGGCUAAUCUGGAGGUUAAGGAUGAGGAUGGGGCUAUUCCUCUUCAUGAUGCUUGUGCUGGAGGUUUCACUGAAAUUGUUCAGCUCCUAGUCAACUCAGCUGGCAAUUCAGAUGCUGUGAAGCGAAUGCUGAAUACAGUUGAUGCAGAGGGUGACACACCUCUUCAUCAUGCGGCAAGGGGAGAGCAUUUAGACGUUGUGCGCUACUUACUGUCUGUCGGUGCAUCUCAUGACAAAAUUAACAUCUUUGGAAAGAUUCCUGCCGAACUCUCAGAUCCAGGCACAGAAGUAAGGCGCGUUCUAGAGGAUGCAGCGAAUAAUCCAGCUGUUUGCUGAUAGUCUAAAUUCCGAUAUGGAUUAGGAGAAUACCUUUUCUUCCUUUUUCCUGCUGAGGCGCUUUUGUUAUCCAAGCUGCCUCUUUAUUUUCUUAUAUAUGAGAAUUAGAUGUCUCAAGGUCACAAGUUUUGAUUCUUGAGGAUGUUUGAGUACACAAACGUCCACCAAAAUUGUUCACAGAGGUUAUGCAGCUUAUCUUUUUAUAGAAGUUCCAAGUUUAUCAGUUUCC